GCAUUCGACCUCCGAUCAUGAAUGGGCCCAUGCACCCGCGCCCUUUGGUAGCAUUGCUGGAUGGCAGGGAUUGUACAGUAGAAAUGCCUAUUCUGAAGGAUGUAGCCACAGUGGCAUUUUGUGAUGCUCAAUCUACACAAGAAAUUCAUGAAAAGGUACUAAAUGAAGCAGUGGGUGCACUGAUGUAUCACACUAUCACUUUAACACGAGAAGACCUGGAGAAAUUUAAAGCACUUCGAAUAAUUGUCCGAAUUGGCAGUGGUUUUGAUAAUAUUGACAUCAAAUCUGCUGGAGAUUUAGGGAUCGCAGUGUGUAAUGUGCCAGCUGCCUCGGUAGAAGAAACAGCAGAUUCUACCAUGUGCCACAUUCUGAACCUGUACAGGCGAACCACCUGGCUCCACCAGGCCUUGCGAGAAGGCACGAGAGUACAGAGUGUUGAACAGAUUCGGGAAGUGGCUUCUGGAGCUGCCAGGAUCAGAGGGGAGACCUUGGGCAUUAUUGGAUUAGGGCGUGUUGGGCAAGCAGUAGCGCUACGUGCCAAAGCCUUUGGCUUCAGUGUGCUUUUCUAUGACCCAUACCUCUCAGAUGGCAUGGAGCGUGCUCUGGGACUGCAGCGGGUGAGCACUUUGCAGGACCUGCUGUUCCACAGUGACUGUGUUACCCUGCACUGCAACUUGAAUGAACACAAUCAUCAUCUUAUCAAUGACUUCACCAUAAAGCAGAUGAGACAAGGGGCUUUCCUGGUCAACACAGCUCGAGGUGGGUUAGUAGACGAAAAAGCACUUGCACAGGCCCUGAAGGAAGGAAGGAUACGAGGGGCAGCCUUAGAUGUACAUGAGUCAGAACCAUUCAGCUUUAGUCAGGGCCCCUUGAAGGAUGCACCAAACCUGAUCUGUACCCCACAUGCAGCCUGGUAUAGUGAACAAGCCUCAAUUGAGAUGCGGGAGGAAGCAGCACGGGAGAUCCGAAGGGCGAUCACAGGUCGUAUUCCAGACAGUCUGAAAAACUGUGUUAACAAAGAUCACUUGACUGCAGCUACACAUUGGGCCAGCAUGGAUCCUGGAGUUGUUCAUCCAGAGCUUAAUGGUGCUGCAUACAGCAGGUAUCCCCCAGGCGUUGUAAGCGUGGCUUCAACUGGCAUACCUGCAGCAGUAGAAGGAAUAGUCCCCAACCCUAUGUCUUUAUCACACGGCCUCCCUGCUGUAGCCCACCCGCCCCAUGCUCCUUCCCCCGGCCAAACUGUCAAACCAGAAGCUGAUAGAGACCACCCAAGCGACCAAUUGUAGCCUACGAAAACAGCAUUCCCAACAUCAGAGAUUUCAACUUCAGCGUGUGGAAAACAAACAAAAAAAAACAAAACCCUGGAUUUUGAUUAAAGGCAAAACCAUGAACUUACAGGAGGAGACGAUUAUUGGUUUAGAAACUGGUCCAAGAUUCAGUAUAAAAGGAAAAGGUGGGAGACAGAAAAGAAGAUUUGGAAACAUUUUUUCCUCCGUAUAAAUUGUAGUUUGUCCCUGUCCAGUGGACUGAUUCACUGUUUCUGUGUCCUAUGGGUUCUUUGUUAAGCAAGAGAAGUUAGUAGUUAAUUAUACCAUGAAUGUACUUGUCUGUGUACAGUUUUUAGAACAUUAAAAAGGGUUUGUUUGCUUAGCUGUCAACAAGGAAAAACAUAAGGGAGGCAUUCAACAAACCAAUUUUGAGAUUAAAAAUCCUUUCUUUUAUAUUUUAAAACAUGCCCAAAAAUGAGGCAGUUGGCAAACUUCUCAGGACAAUGAAUUUUUCCCAUUUUUCUUUCUACGCCACACAGUGCAUUGUUUUUUCUACCUGCUUGUCUUAUUUUUUAGAAUAAUUUAGUAAACAAAAAGAAAACAGUUUCUCCUCAUUUUGGCAUGAAUUCCCUUAUUUCCAAACAAAGAAAACCUUGCAAAAGAGAUUUUGAGGAAAAAAAAAAAAGGUUUUGUAUAAACGAGCAUUGUGCUUUUUGUCACCAGUUAAAGUAUAUAUUAUUGGUGGGAUGCGAAAAAGGCACUAGACUACUGAAAAGUAGCAGCAUUUCAUUGCCUACAUUGAUUCCUUCCUGGUAAUGUGGUAGGCUAGCAAUAUUUUUGGUUAAAAUCAUGUUUGUGACUGUAACCAUUUGUAUGAAUUAUUUUAAAGAAAUAAAAAUCCCAGACAAAUAUCAUAUGUGUAAAAAUUUUUAUUUCUAGUAACUGUUUUAUUCAACUUUUAUUAGGUUUCUUAGCUGUAUUUUUAAACCCGAUGCUGUCAAGUAUUUCAUUUCUAGCUUUACUUUGCUCUCUGUUGUUUGUAAUAACUGUCUUGGAAGCUUGAAAAAAAUAAAAACAAACAAAAAAAUUCUUUCCAUACCA